AUGCAUCUGAAUGAUGAUAAGAUGAAGGCAGUGGUUAGGAAGGUGGUUGAAAUUUUUAAUGGGACAACACUAAAAGCAUUAAUAGGGGAUGGGCAUGAAGAUAAAAUGGAUGUUGAUAUUAUGAUUGUGCAUGCAAAGGAAGGAGAAAAACCAGAUGAUGAGAUGAACCAAAUGUUUACUAAUUUGACCAAGAAGAUGGGGAAGGAUUUACUAAGUGGGUCCAAGGGUUAUUCUGCAAUGAAUAUCGAUGGUACUACAAAUUUAGAUCUAAGAAUGGAGAGAAUGUCCCCAACAAUCCUGAAUCCAACUGGUAUGUGCAAUGAGAAGGUUCAGGUUGAGGAGCAGGGUGGUUCACAUAAGCAGUAUAUGGGAAUGGAAGUUGUAUUGUACAAUGGGAAUUCUAGUUUUGAUUCUCCAUCAGAACUUAUGGGGAGAGUGAAGCUGAAAAUCAAGAGAUUAGAAAACAUUGGUAAUCGCAAAGUGAUGUUUUUCUAA